GUAGUAAAUCUGGUCGACUGACAUGGCUGAAUGGUACACAACUGAAUCACGUAGCGCCGUCGAGAUGAAUGAGGUGGUUUGAAGAACCGCUCUAGUCUGAUUGGUUAAUCCUCGCAGUUAAGUAAAGUCCCGUACAUGGGCAAGCUUAUUAACUACCCGUAUGUGGAAAUGGCCUCCCGGAACGAACUUGUUACUCUUCUCCGUGAAGCUCCACUGGCAUGCGACUUGUCUAUUACUUUGUUUCAGAGUGCUGCUAACAGUUACAAACACGACAGCCUCUUAAGACCGUUUCCUCCAUUUUUCAUCGACAAUGGAGAGAGGGACAUCGACAGAUUGAGGUCAGUGGCAAAUGGAAUCUCAAAGCAGGAAGUAUUGUGGGAGCAACUGGAAAACAAAACUACCACUAAUGACGUGUGUGAAUUACUUGCGUGGCUUCUUAUUGAUUUGAAGACAUUCACAUUGAAAAUAGCACCACAUUCAGUGUUUGAGGACUUGCAACAGAGAACUGGUCGAUCGAGUUAUAACAUUCGACCUGACUAUGUUUUCAAAGUGGAUUAUCUGGAUGACAGUCGCUUUUCAUCGCAGAGAGAGACGUUUGGAACUUUUUAUGCUUACCAUGGUAGUCGCUUAGAGAAUUUUCAUUCGAUACUUCAUCAUGGUCUCAUUUCUCAUCUUAACAAAAAUUCCGUGUUUGGAGCUGGCACUUACCUUUCCUCCGACCUCAACGUCUGCAUGCUAUACAGUCCCGCAUCUCGCGGAUGGCAACACAGCAGACUGGGCACCAACAUCAGCUGCAUCGCUGUCUGCGAAGUCAUCAACCAUCCAGACGUAAAGAAAUCCAGCACAGAGGGAAAACCCAAACCUCAACAAUCGAAAGUAGAAGGAGGAGAAAUACCUGGAGCAAGCAUACCAGAAAAAUAUUACAUCGUCAAAAACAACGAACUUCUCCAGAUUCGAUACAUACUCGUAUUCGGCCAGAAAGUGCAAACCCGGACAUCAAGAAGGGGAUUUUUUAGUAGACAUAAAUUUGCGGUCAUUAUGUGCCUCUACCUUUUGGCGUUAAUAUUCAUAGGUUUUAUUCAAUCACCCGUAUAUAGGCAAUACAUUCAUAAAUUUCUGCGGUAAAUUUAUGCGCGGAG